AUGAUGCUUCCCGACCUUGCUCUGCAUUUGCUCGCUCUCGCGGCGCUCGCCAUACCAAGUGUUGAUGCAUUCCACCUCCCCACCGACUCAGCAGCCCACCGACGGCAUUCUGUCGAGUUCACGAGGCAUUCGAAAGUUCCAUUGCGGAAAAGAGCAGCCCUCUCCGAUGCUGAUGGUGUCUUCGACCUGGACCGUGCGCGCGCGUUGAAUGUCGCGACUAUCAACAAACAUCGUGGCAACCUCCUCAACCUGGCCAAACACUUCGGAAUCAAGGCUUUACCCAAAGGAGCCUUUAUCAAGCCCUUCGCGGUGUUGCCUCACGAUGUGAAGGAGCGUCUGGCGGGUCGUCCUAAGAAGUCUCGAGGCAGGCGUCAUUCUGAAGCUCUGACGGACGAGGAGAACGACCUAGAAUGGGCCGGGACAAUUUCCAUUGGAACACCCGCGCAAAAAUUCUACAUUGACUUCGACACUGGCUCCUCCGACCUCUGGGUUCCUUCCGUUCAUUGCAAUAGUACCACUUGCCAGAACAAAGCCAAGUAUGGCGAUUCGGUGUCAUCCACCUCACACAAGAAGUCAGGAAACUUUUCCAUCUUUUAUGGAGACGGAUCGGCAGUCAGCGGCAAAAUAUUUACUGACACUGUGUCCGUUGCUGGCAUCAAGGCACACCACCAAUACUUCAGCGCUGUCGACAAUCUGUCCUCUGCAUUCGAAAGCGAUCCUAUUGAUGGCAUAUUGGGUCUUGGCUUCAAAUCCAUCUCCAACCUUAACCAGAACCCAUUUUUUAAUACCGCGAACGCCAACCACACCCUUCCCGCCAACCAAUUCUCUUUCUAUCUCGCCUCGCAAGAAUCAGAGCUGUAUCUCGGAGGUGCUAACCCUGCGCGAUACAAAGGUGACAUCGAGUUCCACGAUGUGGAUGCCAUGUCUGGAUUCUGGCAAGUUCGUAGCGGUAGCAUCAAGGUUGGAGGCAAGACUGCCGUCACGGGUUUCGAUACAAUUAUCGAUUCGGGCACCACCAUCAUGUACGGUCCGCCAGAUGCAGUGAAGCAAGUCUAUGCCAACGUUUCAGGCUCGCAAUUAUACGACACCAUCAACGGCUUUUAUUCAUUCCCAUGCGAUUCCAUGCCCAAGCUGUCGUUCAACUGGGGCGGGUCGGACUGGCCCAUUUCGGCGGCCAAUUUUAAUCUCGGGAAGACAUCGCAGAACAAGACGCGCUGCAUUGGCGCACUUGCAGCAGAAGAUCUCGGGCUCGGCGAUGAUGUGUGGUUGCUGGGUGACAGUUUUAUGAAGAACCAGUAUACGGUCUUUGACUUUGAUAAGGAGGCUGCACGAAACCCGUCCGCUAUGAAGCUUUGCGAGGGUGCAAAUGCUUUUGACCUCAGUGACGCGUGCGUACGCGGUUCUUGGGCGGCAAUAACGCCAAGCUUGGUGCUCGUUGCCAUUUUUGCAUCGCGCUUCCACUAUCCCUUCCCAAAACUCAUUCGGCGACCGUUAAACGUGCUCAAAAGCCAGUUCACCCAAUACCUGCCUCUCCACGACGCGGAGGGCCUCACAUUGGCGGAUGACAAACACAUAUCGGAGCCGGAGACGGUCGAUGUGGUUGAAACUAUUCCUUUGUGGAGAACAUUCGUAUUCUCCCUCGUUGGCUUGUGCCAGUCGCUUGCGUGGAUUUCGGGCGGCUCAUUCAUGCUCAUCACGGGCCAGCCGCUGUGGGAAGCCAUUCAGCGCUAUCUGGUCGCCAUAACAUGGCUCUACACAGUCGUGCGACCCAUCUCCCACCCCACGGCAACCCCGCCAUUUGACCUCUUCUCACUCUACUGUGUCCACCUCGUCAGUGGUAUCCUCCAACUUGGCGGGUUCUUGUUCCAGCAUACCGCGUAUGGUGUCCCCUUGCCGGGGACAUUCACAUUAUUCGGCCUAUCGCUAAACCUUGCUGCGCUUGUCGGACUGCUUGCGGUUAUCUUCAGCAUGCCCCUCGCGUUGCCCUCGCAUCUAGUCAAGAAAAGCGACAUCGGCGCCUCCGUUUCGCCAGAGGACUACACGUCUUUGUGGGGCUGGGUUACGUUUACGUGGGUCUAUCCCCUUGUCCAACGCGGCCGAAAUACCACACUCAACGAAGACGACGUCUGGGGUUUGUCCCCCAGCAUCAGCAGUCGCCCUAUAUUCAUCAAGUUUAGCGCUCUUCGCCAGAGCACCCUUUUUAAACGGAUAUGGGCAGCAAACUCUUUGGAUAUCAUAAUGGACUUCCUGUUAACGCUCCUCAGCGUUGUGUUCACCUAUGCAGGCCCUUUCUUCCUCAAGCGCAUUCUUGAUGCCGUUGACACGGAAAACGAAACCGAGAAAGACAAAGGCAAAGCGUAUAUAUACGCAAUGCUUAUGUUCGUCUGUUCCGUCGCCAAGGCACAAUGCGACGUUCAGCAUCUGUGGAUCGGUCGGAGGGCAGCGACACGCAUUCGAUCUGAGCUGAUGGCCUCCAUCUACGACAAGGCUCUCAAGCGACUCGACUUCAGCGGUAUCGUGGAUAAGGAAAAGGCACAAGCCGCUGCUGAGAAGAAAGCUGCUGCUGCCGCGGAAAGCUCUCCGUCCACACUCACCAAAGCGGAACAAAAGGCGAAGGCAAAAGCCGACAAGAAAAAGGCAGACAAAGCUGAUGACCCAAAGAGCGGUGCCGACACAGGCAAAAUUGUCAACUUGAUGGCGGGCGACGCUAACCGUAUCGGAAUGCAGGUAUCCGGCUUUUACUUUUUAUACGGAGCCCCAAUGGAAAUCAUCAUCGGCUCCGUUUUCCUCUAUCAACUGCUUGGCCUAUCGGCAUUCGCAGGCUUCGUUGUCCUGCUCCUAGGAUGGCCGCUGAACAGCUAUCUCACAAAACGCAGCAUCCGCAUUCAAAAAGGAGUACUGAAAGCUCGUGAUGAGCGAAUGGGCGUCCUCACGGAGCUGAUUGGGGCAAUCAAAUUCAUCAAGUUCUUUGCCUGGGAGGAGCGUUGGAUCGAUAGAGCUUUGGCUGCGCGGAGCAAUGAAAUCAAAUGGAUGGUUAAGGCGAGAAUCAACGGCGUUGGUUUCUACCUCCUUUGGAUUGCUGCACCGAUUUUCAUCUCCGUCAUUUCGUUCUGCACGUAUGUAAUGUUGGGCAACCAGCUUACGAUCGGCAAGGCCUUCACUGCAAUCGCCUUGUUUGGAAUGAUUCGGCAACCUUUGAACGUGAUUCCUACAUUCAUCGUUCAAAUACUUCAAACACGGGUUUCGCUCAAUCGUAUCGCUGUCUACCUUGAGGAACCAGAAGUUUCCGAACAGGUUUCAACUCUCAAAAGUGGACGCUCAAAUCCGCACUUGCUGUCUGGUGAAUACGAUGAUGGCCGUCUCGGUCUCGAAAACGCCUCUUUCAAGUGGAACGAAGUCGAAGAAGUCGAGGAUAAGGACAACAAGAAGCCUGCAUCGGAUGCGGACUCGAUAGUCACUGCGGAGAGCGACAACGGAACGGCGAUUGUCGCGAAUGACCACAAAUUUGAACUGAAGGAUAUAUCUGUGAUUUUCCCCGAAGGAGAAUUGACCCUCGUCACUGGACCUACCGCGAGUGGCAAAACUGCUUUGCUGAUGGCUGUUCUCGGAGAAAUGACAUCGCUGCCUGGGGGCCGAAUCCUCAUGUCCAAAAACGCGAGCAAAAUUGACGAGUGGGGAAACAUGCAUACCAUCUCAUAUGCUGCUCAAUCGCCUUGGCUUCGUCACCAGUCUAUCAAGGACAACAUUCUCUUCGGGUUCCCCUACGAUGAAGACCGGUACAAUGCAGUUAUAGACUGCUGCGCGUUAAGACCCGACCUCGACAUGCUAGAAGAUGGUGAUGCGACUGAGAUCGGGGAGAAGGGAGUGAGCUUGUCCGGAGGACAGAAAGCGAGAGUGGCCCUUGCUCGAGCGGUCUAUGCGAAGACCAAGUAUGUUCUUUUGGAUGAUCCAUUAAGCGCCGUCGACAGCCACACUUCUCGCGUUCUGUACGAUAAGUGUCUCCGUGGGCCUCUACUAGCAAACCGUACUGUGGUCCUCGUUACCCAUCACGUGGAACUUGUACUUCCCGGCGCCCAUUACCUGGUCCGCAUGCUUGAUGGCCGUAUUGAUACUCAAGGCACCGUUAAAGACCUCCGGGCCGAAGGCGUUUUGGACGACAUCACGCACGAUGCAGCAGUGGAAGUCAAAAAGGAGGAGGCGGCAGUUGCUGCCGAGGAAGCUGCGGGCGAAGCCGAAGCUGCUGCCGAUGCUGUUGUCGGCGAUAAUGAUGGUGGUGCCAAAGACGGCGAGGUCAAAAAACCACGCAAGCUCGUGAAAGAUGAACAUCGCGAGGUUGGUGGGGUUAAAUGGCGGAUCUACAAGCGGUACUUGCAAGCAUCGUCCUACUGGACGUGGGCUUUCCUCUCGGUCAUGGUGUUACUUUCGCAGCUAUUGGGCGUGGGAGAAAAGCUUUGGAUCAAAACGUGGGGCGAAGCAUAUAAGGAACAUCAAAAUGUGUCGACUAUAUACGGCGCCUACCGAUCAUUUGGCCAUGCUGAAUAUGAGAUCCCAAUGGAUGUGUCACAUUUCUCCAGCUUCAGCUAUGAGCCGCAUCCGUCAACAACUGGCUUUUUCAAUGGACAAUGGCCGAGUGCGGCAGAACACCCAUUGUUUUAUGUUGGAAUCUACGCUGCCAUUGGCUUUACGAGUGCGCUAGUUACCAUCUGCUCCUCCGUUGCCCAAAUUACGGGUGCUUUGCGUGCCUCACGACUGCUAUUCAAGUCUUUGCUUGUCACUGUUGUUCGGGCUACCUUCCGUUUCCAUGAUACCACCCCUCAAGGACGGAUGCUCAAUCGCUUUGGGAAAGACAUUGAAACCAUUGACUCGUCGCUUUCCUCCUCCUUGCAACAGGUCAAUUCAUCGUUGGCUGGAUUCGUUGCCGCCCUCGUCACGGUCACUGUGGUGUUCCCUGCAUUCCUCUUCCCGGCUGCAUCCAUUGGGUAUUUCUAUUAUCAAUUUGCGGUCGGGUACCUCAAUACCGGCCGGGACCUCCGACGAAUGGAAUCCAAUUCGCGCUCUCCCAUCUUCUCGGAGUUUGGGGAGUUGCUCACUGGGAUCGUGACUGUCAGAGCCUUUGCGGCAGAGAAACGUUUCCUCGACAAUCUGCAUACGCGAAUUGACCUUACCACUAAAAUGUGGUAUACUUUCUGGAUGACCAAUCGCUGGCUGCUUCUCAAUUUCGAUUUCCUGGGCAGUUUGGCUGUACUCUUCACGACAGUGUUUGCCAUACAUUUCCUUGUCAACAAUGCUGGUCUCGCGGGUUUGGCCAUAACCAGUGCUUUGAACUUCACAACAAGUGUAUAUUGGGCUUGCCGCUUCUGGACUGGCCUUGAACUUGACCUGAACGCUGUUGAACGAGUCGUUGAAUACCUUGAGCUGCCUCAAGAGCCACCAGGUGUUAUUGAGUCGCAUCGUCCCCCCGCCUACUGGCCGUCAAGCUCUGCCAAUGACUCGCUUAUUGUUGCGGAGAAGGUGUCGAUCAAGUAUGCGCCUGAUCUGCCUGCCGUUAUCCAGGAUGUGUCUUUCAAUCUCAGAGCGGGAGAACGAGUAGGGUUGUUGGGAAGGACUGGUAGCGGAAAAUCAACACUUGCCAUGAGUAUUCUGCGCUUUACCGAUCCUUCUAGUGGACGAAUCCUUAUCGAUGGGAUCGAUAUUACGAAGAUCGGAGUGGAAGACUUGAGGUCGCGUUUGACAUUUAUUCCUCAAGACGCUACUUUGUUCUCUGGAACCCUUCGAGAGAAUCUUGAUCCUUUCAAUGAACAUGAUGAUGCAACUUGUCUUGACGUGCUUUAUCGUGUUCAGAUGAUAAGCCGUAGUAGACACGCAUCCCAAGCUACAUCAACCGUUGCUUCUCCAGAAUCCUCUCGACCAGCAUCCCGCGCUGGUAUUGAGCGGGAGGAGUCAACAACAGAGUCUGUUCUCAGUGCUGCGUUGACCGAUGUGGACUCUAAAACUGUCGUUACGCUUGACACCCAGGUGUCCGCUGGUGGAACCAACUUUUCUCAGGGCCAGAGGCAGCUCAUUGCCAUGGCGCGAGCGUUGCUGAGGAGAAGUGCAAUUGUUGUGUUAGAUGAGGCAACAAGCAGCGUUGACUUCAAGACUGAUGCAAAAAUCCAAACCACUAUCAGGGAGGAAUUUACAGACUCGUUAUUGCUCACCAUUGCUCAUCGGCUCAAGACCGUCAUCGACUACGAUCGUUUACUCGUUCUCGACAAGGGCAAAGUCGUCGAAUUUGACACACCGUACAAGCUCCUCCAGAGGGAGGAUGGCAUCUUCAGGGGAAUGUGCCUCAAGAGUGGAUAUUAUAACGAACUCGAGGUGGCUGCACGCGCGAAGGCCGAACGAGAUGGUCUGCUGUCAUAA